GGUUCCAUUGAGCAGCCUGAGCCGGGCCAGACCGGAGAUUUGGGUCGGAUGCAACGGUCACGCAGGGUUUCCUGUCGCGUCAAGUAGCUUUAACCGGGCCGCCGGUAUUUUGCCGGCUUGGGGGAGCUCCAGACAAACGGCUGCUGAGUGUGUAGUAGCAGUGACAGCACCGCAACCUUGCGUCAUAUUCGGCUAAAGCUAAACCGCCAUAAGAGAGCCACGUUAAUUGGUAGCUAGCCAGCCCUGUGGACUGGUUUAUUGUUGGGGCGUCCACAUGUUCGAUUACGCGAUCCUCCACAGUGCUGCUGGAUGUUGGCGGAAUCAUCUUGACUUUCAUUUAUAUGUCUUUCAAUCCUGCAUCCACAAUUAGUGCGCAGAGGUUAGCGGGGACAUUGUGAUUAUUAAUUUCCCUGGGAGUUGUCUACCCCAAAAAAAGGAUGGACCUGAAUUUUUAUUCGGAUUUAUCUGGCGGACCCGGGCAGCACGAUGGUGAUCCAGAGUUCUUGGACCCGCAGACCUACAACGGAUUUGACUCUGACAACAAGUUCCCGGGAGGCAGUGACAACUACCUGACUAUUUCAGGGUCAGGCCACCCCUUCCUCGCUCCAUCAGAAACGUUUCACACUCCCAGUCUGGGCGAUGAGGAGUUUGAAAUCCCGCCCAUCUCCCUGGACCCCGAUUCGGCACUUACCGUCUCCGAUGUGGUGUCUCACUUCGGGGAGCUGUCAGACACCAGCACCUCCGACAGUGUGGUGGUGCCCAGGAACGCUGUGGUGGAAGGUGACGACCCGUCCUUCGCCUCAACUUUCGUCCACCCACCCUCGCAGGGGCUGGAGCACCUAAGUCUUGGGGUCAUCAACCAAUCUGGAGGCGCUCUGCUGGGGUCGUCGCUGGGCAUGGAUCUGGGCCAUCCCAUCGGGUCCCAGUUCAGCAGCUCGUCGCCAGUCACGAUCGAUGUUCCGCUGGGAGACAUGAGUCAAAGCCUGCUGGGCUCCAACCAGCUGACCACCAUCGACCAGUCGGAGCUCAGCGCUCAACUUGGGCUUGGCUUGGGUGCAGGGAAUAUUCUUCAGCGCCCUGAGUCGCCGGAGAACCGUCUGUCGGCUACGGCGUCACCCACCAGCUCGCUGCAGGAUGAUGACAUGGACGACUUCAGAAGGAGCAUCCUGGUGGAGUCCCCCAUCACUCAGGCCUACUCUGCCGGGGUCAUGUCCCUUGACCCCACUCUGGCCGAUGCGCCAUUGUCUGCCCCGGCUGCCGGCAUCUCUACAGCCAUCGGUCGGAAAGGAGGCGGUGCCGGAAAGAGGGGAAGGAAAAAGAAGGAGGAAAAGAAAGACCCCAAUGAGCCGCAGAAGCCCGUGUCGGCAUACGCUCUUUUCUUCAGUGACACUCAGGCGGCCAUUAAGGGACAAAACCCCAACGCCACGUUUGGAGAAGUGUCCAAGAUAGUGGCAUCCAUGUGGGACAGCCUCGGGGAGGAGCAGAAGCAAGUUUACAAGAGGAAAAAUGAACUUGCCAAGAAGGAUUACUUGAAAGCACUUGCGGAAUACAGAGCCGGUCUAAAUUCUCAGGCUCCCAUUGAAGUAUUGGACUCAAAACCUUCGCCACCCCGUCGAGCCCCUCCAGCACCUGUUGUUUCCGCCCGGCCCACCAGGGCCCAGCACUACAACCCCGAGGAGAACACUAUCACCAACAUCUGCACCUCCAACAUCAUCGUAGACCUGCCUCAGGUCACCACGCGCUCCCGCACAGGCGCGAUCAAACCACAGCCACCACCUGCCGCCGUAGCUACCCCAAGCCCUCCCACCGUCACCAAGAUCAUCAUCAAGCAGUUGCAGCUGCCCUCCGGCGCCGUCUCUGUCACGGCGAUGCCUGCCUCGUCGCCACGCCAACCACCACCACUGCAGCAGAUGCAGAACACCCCCCCACCGCCGCGGCUGCAGCAGAUGCUGCACGCCCAGGCUCCGCCCCCACUACAGGCUAAACCUCGAGGAGGGGGCGCUGCCGCUGCCACGGCUCCUCCUCCCCUGCAGAUCAAAGUAGUCCCGGCGGCUCGCCAAUUAGAUUCUUGCGAGCCGAUAAUUGUGACGUCGUUGAGCAAAACGUCGGAUGUGACGAUGGAGUUGGGAGAUCUAACUGCCGUGGGGACAAAAGUAGAAGAAGUGGUGGAGGCGGAGGAGGGGAUGCAGGUGGAGGUGAACGUUGCGCCCAGACCUGCCGUCACGACAGCCGCCCAUCCAAACAUUUGUGUACGUGCCGGCUGCACCAACCCGGCAGUGGAGAGCAAAGACUGGGACAAAGAGUACUGCAGCAACGAGUGUGUUGCCACACACUGCAGGGACGUUUUCACAGCCUGGUGUGCCAUCCGAGGGCGGAACUUCACCACUGUCACAUAGUGCGACCCAGGAAAGGUGUGAGUGAGUGAGUGAGUGAGUGAGUGAGUGAGUGAGUGAGUGAGUGAGUGAGUGUGUGAGUGAGUGGUGGCCAGAUGAGGCUCAGGAAUCGGUACAUGUGAGUUUUAUCCCAGUACAUGGGGAGGAACUCAACACUGCUGCUUUACUCUCUCUCCAGCAGGAAGGAGGGAAAACAUCCAACAAAUGUUAAAAAAAAAAAAAAAAGAGACAUUUUAUAAAGACAAUGUUUUUUAAUGAACUUGAAGAAACAUCAAGGAGGAAAAGGUGUUCCAGGGGUUUUUUUUACAGCUCAUUUCAAGGAUUUUGCUGUAUUACAGUGGGUGUGGUGUGCUCUUGUGAAAAGAUGUUUUGCCGUAAACAACAGCUCCUUGGCGUGAAACAUGGAGCAUCACCCCGGGUUUUCACAAGAUGCAUAACGGCUGCUGAACGGCUCCAGAUGUUUUCCAUAUACAUUCUAACCAAUGUGUCACUUUUCACCGCUGGUGGGCGCUCUGUGCACGGCUCGGACAUUCAGAAGCCCCACGCUAAAUAUACGCAGCGCUUCUAAUUUUGCCGGUCGCCGCAGCACGGCGGAUCAAUUUAGCAAAAACGGAACAAAAAGUAAUUCACAAACACAAAAUAAAUGACCCGGUUUACUUUCAAAAUAAAAGUACUAAGUGUUCAAGGCCGUUUGUAUCUUACACCUUGAAACAACCUUAUGGGCAGGGUCAACUUGAAGUCAACUUGUGAAAGGUUUUUUAGACGUUAUUUCAACCCGUUGACACAAUGGAUGAGGGAGGACAUGCUGAUUCUGGAGGACCAAAAUCAAAGAAUCAUUACAGGUGUAGCCUGUACAGCUAUUUAGGGGCCUGUGUCAACUCUGACCUGCCAUGAGGCGGGAGAAGCACGGGAGUGGUUAGUGAAAGUUUGAAGUGUGUGUAAUAACUCGCCAGAGAUAGUGCUGCUGCUGUUGUUGCUUGCUACAAAUCCAAAAAUAAAGUAGUCGUUUUGCAAAGCAAAACUGUUGUCUUUUCCACAAGUGCCGUCUCGGACGGCAAAGCUGGAGAUGUUCUGCGGUGUUGCAGUUCAGCAGCCAUUACGUAUCUUGUGGAAAUCCGGGGUGACUUGAAUAUUUUCGUGCGUCAUCUGCAUGAACACAUUUUUUAAAAUUCCAGACAAAAUGCACAUUCGGCUCAGUUUGGGAAAGAAAAAGAGCUUCACUUAUUGUCUAAACCAGUGGACCUCAACCACCAGUCCGGGGACCGGUAUAAAUUAAAUAAUUUAAAAACAACCGUCUUUCCCAUUUACCAACCAAUAAGCUUGUUCAUAGAUGCUUAAUAAAACUUCUGAUAGGAAGUUGCCAUUUGUUAUAUCUUUGUUACAUGGAACAAUGCACAUUAAUAAACAUAUGAAAUGUAAAUGUGCCAGAUUGUAGCCAAAGGCUAAUAUCUAUCUGCAGUCCCCAGCAGGUUGAUGGUAUGCACUGUGUGGCAUUAACCGCACAGGGCCCAUUUCAUUGGAAAGAAACAAGCCUAGGGCUCCUACUAAUUCAGCGUUAUGGUGAGUUGUAUUAGCUGAAUUUAUCUGCCAAACAUGGAAAAUAAUGCCUACAUUAAACCGGAUACUGGUGCAAAAAAGUUUGGAGACCUGUGGAUUAAACACAUGUUUAGGUUUUGUUUCUCAAGGGGGGUGUUUCAAGGACAACGCAACGAUUUGAAAAUUGGUGCUAAGAUUCAGGAAAGACGAAAAACUGGUUCACUUUCCACCUGUGAGAGUGUUCCCGCUUGGAUUAUUUUUGUACAACUUAUGCAUAUUCAGUGUCACGUGGACCACCUGAGAUGUACAACAAUCAAAAAACUACAUCAGUCCUGUUGACACUACUGGAACAAACUACUUGUCCUUUUUAAAAUGAAAAUGAUACAUUAAUAAUGGGACACUUUGUGCUGAUGGACAUGGGCAGGAAGGAUGGACUGCUUCACUAAAACCUGCAAGUGUUUCUAAUGGUGAAAUAAAAUGUUUUAUGUUUUAA